AUGACCGGUGUGUUGACGGGGGAGAGAAGAGAAGACAUGUGGGUAAAGGUUGUUCCAAGUGAGAAAGAAAAAGGUUUUCCGCGUGAAGAGCAAGGAACACAGAUAAGGCCCUGUGAUCAAUUAAAAAUCAACAGAAGCGCGUUCUUGGCAUAUAUUAUAUUAUACCCAAUAUGUGGUUUCUCUUUUGUCAAAGUAAUGGCUACUUUUUGGGGUGGCCUUGUCCUCCGCUCAGACACUUGUGGACAAGAAAGAACAAAAGGAAACUAUAAGAACCUUAUAGGAUGGUACAAAGCACAUGGCAAAAACAUUCACGUUGACAUGCAUGCAUCGUUCUCUCAUCUAAAAAUCUAUAAGCAUUUGCAUAUAAAUGUAUAA